UUUUCUAUCCCGCCGCUUAAGAUAAUAUUUAUUGUUUGGUGAUUAAAUGCAGUAAAAAUGAAAUGCAAGUUCCCAUCCUCUGCUGCUCUAAGGGUAAAUCAAGGAUCUAAUCUCUUUCAAUUCACAGGCACACGAUUGUAAUGACAGAGGUUGCAUUUGUAUUUCAUGCAUUGUGAUCAUCCUUCUUUAACUUCAUCAAGAUAAUAUCAUCAUCAUCAACUCCUAAUUUAUAAAAGUGGCUAAUUCAAAGACAGAUUUACGGAACAAUCACAUCACACACACACACAUACACGUGGCCACUAUCUCAAAUAGGAACGCGAAAGAUUUCAAAGUCAUCAAAUUGAUCAUCUCUUUCCUCCAAUGAAGUCAAGUCAAAUCAAGUAAAUAUCCCUAAUUCAUACUGUGUCGCCAAUCAUGAGGCACAGCGCAAGCAUGCCUUGCGAAAGCGAUGAUCGUACAGCGGAUAGAAGUACAACAAUAAGCAGUCAGAGUAAUUCGACAAUCGGUCUAUCAACAUCAAUGCUUCCAACAUUCAGUACGGGUAGUACGAGCGAUAACAGUGUCGCAUUUCAUGACGCUCAAAGUCCUCCUCUGGAAUUAUUCGCACCCUCUUCUCCAUCAUAUAUCGAAACCAAUGGAAUCAUACCAACCGCAACUCGACCAUCUCCAACAUACGAAAAAGGUGAAACCAGUACAACACCUUACUUUCCCAUCUUACCAUACAUCAAAGCUACACAAGAUCAAGAAAGUACAUCACAAAUAAACUCAGACGAAGACGAUGAUCGGUUAGCGCAUUCAUCAAGUACAGCAUUCACCAAUAAAGAGAGAUCGAGAUCUUUUCGCUCUCAUACUUCACAUACCACAUCCCACGAUACACAUCAUUCCUCAACAGGUCGAAGUGGUUCUCCUUUUGAUGUUCAACCACCUUCAAGUGGCACCUCAUCUUCCGUAAGUGCUCCUCCUCUAUCGACAAACAGCUCGCUUGGCAAGCAAAAUGAGAAUGCAAACGCAUAUGCCGGUCUUGCACGUAGCUCCAGUAAUGCCUCAACAACGCCAACAAGUCCAGAAACUGAGUUAAAUGCGAGCAGCUAUAUGGUGAAAGAAAGUAGUGGCUCACAAUUGAGGGAAAGUACGUCGGAUACGAUCAACAUAGUACAACCUCAAGUAUCUCCCGCUCGAGAAGCAUUUGUGAUGGAAUCAAGGGAAAGGAUCGUCAUAGAGCAUUCAGUCUCAUUGGAUUCUAUAAUGCGAUCAGCAGAGAAUGGAGAAGAGCAAGAUGGUGUGAGAGAGGUAAUGUCGCCCGCUACGACAGUGAGAGAUACAACCUCUGAACGCUCAGAAGAACAUAGUGUACAUUCGCACAAGAGUCAGUCGAAAGAGGAUGCAAUAAAGUCACAAGAGACUCACAGCGAUGGUAAGAGCAUUCCUGCUCUUCGUACAGAAGUCAUCCCUAGUCGAUCAAGUCACGAUACAAUACAAUCUUUUGGCCCAUCAAUUUCAUCUUUAGCACAUAGGAACAAACCUCUUCCCGUCCCAAAAGGCGAGGCAACAAGUUCGGAUGAUCACAAAUCAUCAAAUAACCAUUCUACUGUAUCCGUUCCAGCCUUAAGUAUUAGCACGACGGAUGAGGCAUAUACCCCAGGUCUGAGUGGCUUACCUUCCUUGAACGGAUCCACGAGCAAUCUGGAUACCAUUGACGAAGAUUCAACGCAACGAUCUAGCUUCAAAUCAUUCUUGAACAAAUCAGGAAAACUAUUCAGAACUUCAAUGUAUAGCAGAGACAGUCAACUUUCUCCGUGGACGCCCGACCAUUCACCUGGUGCACGCGAAUCGGAUACAUCUUUGCCAUCUAGAACUGCAUCGCCAAAUAGCUCUUCUCUUCAUGUGGCAGCAUCCAUGUCCGGCUCACGAAAUAAUUCGCAAUCAAACCUUCCUCUUCCAGAUUCGAUCGAACGUUCUUCUUCGCCUUUUGGUAGGUUUGGUAAAGGUAUUUUGAACAGGCAAAGUCGAAAUCGAGAAAAGUCUGCCGGAAGCAGUCGAUUUUCACAUUCUUCUGGAAAUAUGUCUAAUCAAAAUACGCCUUUACCAUCGCCUUCUAUCUCGUCACAUUCAGAUUCAUCGCCCGGCUUGUACAAUGAGAGACCAAUGUUUCAACAAAGUCAAAGAAGGUCUCACAGGUUAUCUCGUCACUUUAGCUCGUUCAGCGUUAGCAGUCUUGCUCCGACUUCGUCCGUAAAUUUACAUACGGCAGCAGCGUUGAAGAAUGAUUUCGGUACAGCUCCAAAAGCUAGUACGAGUGCAAAACAAGUGAGCGAGUCCGAUACAGUUGCAGCAGCCAUCGCAGAAGCAAGUCGAAAAUUGCAACGUCCAAGGCCAAAGCUGUUACGUACGCGCAGUAAAAGUUUUGAUGAUGUAGCCAGCAAAGUACAUUCUCACCCGGAAGCGAUCAAAAGCUUGGCUGUGGGCACAGUGUCUGUGCUUGAAAUUGAACCGACAAAGCUGAAGCAGGCUGAUGUUAAGCUUAAAGAGGUACCGGAAAGACCGUGGUCACGUUUGGCUGGCUCGCUUCGCAAGAAGGCUGUUGCUUCGACUUCUGCUGCACAAGUUUCAGCAGGAACAUUGGCCGAGUUGGGUAUAAAAGAUUCUAGCAUCAACGAAGUGCCUCCGAAGCUACCGCCAAAGGAUACGUUGGAAAUCUCAGCGGAUGCUUGGUGGGAAAGCAAACCGAUUGCAAAAAAGGAAGUCUCGGAGCGUAGCCCAGCAAUGUCAUACAUGCACUUCGAAGCAGCUCAGUUAGCUGAAGCUCUAUCACGCGGUGAUGAGGAUGUAAUUAGUCGCAUGGCGAACGCAAUCGAAUCACCAAAGACAAGGCUGAGGUCAUUGGAAGCCCCAGAAAAGGGAACAAAAGACGAACAAUCUUAUGGUGAAGCAGAAGCAAAUGUCAUUACUGAACCUCUACAGACCGCGGAAGAAAGCGUGCGUCGAGGUACCACUGUCACAUUGAUCGAGCCUGACGUCCCGCAAGGACCUCCUCGAAGCAAGAGCAGUCUUGCUACGCAUAGACGGUCUAUCAGCCUGGGCAAAGUAUUUGAACCUCUCGUUAGCCGAUCCCGUUCGAGGAGUAACACAGUCAGUCGUGAUGUCAGCGAGAGUACUGUAUAUGCAUCUGCUCAUUCUGCUUCGUCUUCUUUCCAUGGCAUGGAUGGCAUUCCUAAAGCUAUAUCCAAUCCGUCAAACAUUAAACGUUCCUCGACAAUUUCACCGCCUUCGUCCUAUCGUGCAGAUCGUUUGCCGCCUUUGACAAUUUCUGAGAGUGAUUCAAGUCUGCUCAAGAAUGUCGAGAUGUCUCAUUCUGCGCCCAAGCAUCGUCGUUCAUUGUCAGGCAGCAGCAAGACCCACUCCAAACAACCUGCAUCGCUUUCAAUCUUACCACCAAGGUCAUCCUCAAUCUCUUCGAUCCACCAGACGCGACGAAGCUCGACAUCUUCUAAUGGUCAUCCGACUGAGGCUGAAGAGGUACCUACGAAGAAUCGUGGACAUGGGCGGAAGCCUUCGUUGAACGUAGAUACAGAUUUGGCAUCUUCCAUUGCUGCCAAUGGCUUACCCAAACGGCCAUCUUCAGCAAUGGGAAUGUCUGCAAACCUUGAAAGAGGUUCGCAUGUACGGGCUGUGAUCAAUACAAGACAGCCAACGUUGAGCAUCGCUGAUGAUCAUGAAUUCUUGCAAGCGCUUGAACAAGUACGUAAAUUGAAUCAAGCUCGCAUUCAAAAGCAACGCGAUGAGAAGGAUGAACAACAACGACAGCGCAAGCAAUCCCUGUCAAAGCAGAGUGACGGGCAUUCACAAUCUGGACGGAAUGAUUCACCGUCUGGCCUUCCUGGAACAUCUCCGGUAGGCUUGCGAUCCUUAUCGCCUAUUCGUCAACGUUCAUCGAGCGCAGGUGCUCAUCUAGAAAAUUUAGCUUCACCAACUAGCAGUAGCGAACAUAGUCAAAGUCCACUAUCCCCAAUCAAAUCAUUCAGCCCUGCAAGAGGUACAAGACCAUCGCCACUUGAGCUUGGUGUGGGCAAAGCAAGUGGGAAAUUACGUGAUGGAGCUUUCAUCAAUGAUGAAGAUUGGAAAAAGGAAGUGAAAGCACUGUUUGUCAUUCGUGAAAUUGUUUUGACAGAACGUAGUUAUGCAUCUCACUUGGAAGCUUUAUUGGCAACCAUUCGUCAAAUGGAUAUAGCUACAGUUCCAUCACGUAGGAUGCAAAGUUCCACUUUGAUGAUGACUUCGGCUAUGGCAAAUGCAAGACAAAAUCAAAUUUCUCCUGUUCCACAACAUCUUGUGAUCAUGCGCAAUCUUUUACCUCAAUUGAUCACUUUGAGUCGCACAUUGGCAAAUCGAAUCGAUGAAAAUCCUACGGCUGCUGGAGUUGGUUCUGCUUUCAGACUUGUAGGCCAUCAAAUGGAAGCUACAUUUGUUGCUUGGAGUUCUGCAGUGAAGGAUAUUAUGGAUGCUCUACGGAUAAGUGAAGGACCGAAAGGCAAAGCGAGAAAUCGAAUUGGGUUGAUCACCAUUCUAUCGCCACAACAUCUCAUCCACGCACAUCACGCACAAAAUGGAAAGGAGGAAGAUGAGAAGGAUGACCUCUCCGGUUUUAAAUCCGUUCCAUCUUCUCCGACAAGAGGCAAGAGUGUUCUUGAAAAGAUGUUUGAUAUGAACAAAACCGAGGAGUCAAUGGCAAUAUCUGCAGAUACGUCUGCGUUUAUUGAAUCGCCUACUCAAAUUACAUUCUCUGAGGAUGUUCACAAUGGAUUUAAAGCAAUGGAAGAACAAUCUGCUGCUGCAACAAGUGGAAUCCCAUCAAAGCGAAGGAGUACGAUUUCUUCCAUGACACCAUCUAUGGCCGCUGCACUACGCAAAAAGAUUUCGUCCUCGACAUUGAAUGCCCAAGCAGCAGCAGCAGCAGCAGUAGCAACAACAGAUGAGUCGGCUUACAAUCCACUUCCAUCUGCAUCUCAUUUGGAGCAAGCACCUCUCAACAAGACACAAGUUUUACUCUCGAAAACCUCCUCUCCAGCAUCAUCUGCCACUGCAUCACCCAUGAAUGCCAAGAGGAGACUGUCAUCCAGUUUGGCGAAUCGAACAAAGAGUAAAACGUUGGCAUCUUCAGUAUCUUCUUUAGAGGGAGGUAAUGAUGGUAUACCAAUCAUACCGAGCGCAUGGACAGGCUUCAAUUCUCGUACUAGCAGUGCAGCUCCAACUCCGCCUGUUCAAUCCAAUGGAGGAAAUAGUCGUUCAGGAGGUGCAACGAAUGGCAAUUUGAAAAAGCUCACGGCGAUGGAUAUUGUGAUUAUGCCAACACAACGUAUUCCACGUUAUUUGCUGUUAUUGCGAGAUUUACAUGCAAAUACACCACCUCAAAGUUUAAGCAAUGCAAGAUUACAAAGAAGUUUAGACUUUGUACAUAGGGUAGCAGUCGAUUGCAAUCGAGUAAGCAAAGGAGGAGUGACUCAUUCAGUCAAUAUCAAUAAACGAUCUUGAGUUCAAUAGCGACAAGUCAUGUGUUUUCAUUCAUCAUAUACCAACAACGUUUCUUGCACUUUUUCAUCAUUCUUUCUAUUUAUUUAUUCACACAUUGUACUUUUAUAGCACAACAAAAAUGCUUCAAUGCAUUAAUAUACCAUCACACA